UCAACGUCCUCCGAACAGAAUGUAAAGAUUUAUUUGAAGGAUGGAGGAAAACGGGUUCAACGCUGCGUUACUGUUUCUUGGCUAUCUUUCUGUGUCAUCAGUUGAUGCCGACACCCUGUCCGCCCCACUCAAUGUGACCAUCGAGUUAAAGGGUGUGAACUCGGCUUUGGUGAAAUGGGACAUCUUUGAAGGGGACCCUGUUAUUGGGUUUGCCAUCACCCAGCAGAAGAAGGACAUGCGCAUGCUCCGCUUCAUCCAGGAGGUCAACACCACCACUCGGUCGUGUGCUCUGUGGGAUCUGGAGGAGGACACCGAGUACAUCGUCCACGUGCAGUCCAUCAGCAUGAGUGGGACCAGCCCGCCCAGUGACACCGUGCUGUUCCGCACGCCCAAGGAAUCGGAAAAACUGGCCUCCAAAAGCCCAGAUGAGGUGACGAUGGAGGAAGUGGACCAGGCUGCUCAGCUGAGAGCUGGAGAGCUCAUCAUCAUCGUCGUCGUGCUGGUUAUGUGGGCAGGUGUGAUUGCUCUCUUCUGCCGUCAGUAUGACAUCAUCAAAGACAAUGAGCCCAACAACAACAAGGACAAAGCCAAGAACUCGUCGGAGUGCAGUACCCCAGAGCACCCAACAGGGGGACUACUGCGCAGUAAGGUCUAAAUACAUCCCCCCUCUCCCGGC